CACUCCACAAGCUCACAAUGAAUUCUCAGAAGAAGAUGGCUACAAGCAAGAGGAUAAAGAUAGGGCCAUGGGGGGGCCAAGGAGGAGUUCCUUGGGAUGAUGGGAACUACCGAGGUAUUCUAUCGAUAACUUUGGUUUAUGAUCGAUGUAUUAACUCGAUCAGGGUCGAGUACGACAAAAACGGGAGGCCUAUACUGGGCGAAAGACAUGGAGGAAGUGGAGGAAGACAUGUAAUCCAAAUCAAAUUUGCAUACCCAGAAGAGUAUUUGACUGACAUAAGUGGGUACAUCGCCCCCAUGGUACAUGGUGGCUCGCCCGUAAUCAGAUCUCUAAGAUUCAACACCAAUAAGCAGACAUUUGGACCGUAUGGGAUUGAAGAAGGCACUCCAUUUACAAUACCAAUUGAAGGAGGUAUGGUUAUCGGCUUUCAUGGACGAAGCAGUCAAUAUCUUGACUCAAUUGGCAUGUAUUUGUCUCGUAUCCAUGCAUCAAGAAUCUACAUAUACCAAAAGAUGCAGAAACUAGGGGAGAAACUAGGGCACAGGGAUGGCGCACGUGGAUGCCCAUACAAAGCCGGGGCCAGCAGAGAUAUUGCAGCAGAAUAAUGUUUUGCUAAUGAUAUGCGUGAUUGCGUGGGCCUUUAGACACAGACAAGUCGCACGUAUUUUUUGAUGUAUCCGAGCAGAUCAACUAUGUCAGAAUAAACACUUCUUUAAAUAAAGAUAAAAUGAG